GGAGGGGCCCCGGGUUACCGCGGCCGCUUUCAAUUUCCUUUUCCCCUAAAAGGCUGCGCUUCCCAGCAGCGCCGCCGGGAUCACCGGUUCCCGGGACUUUCCACCCCCCCCCCCCCACGAGCUUGUGAUCCCGGCCUCGCUGGACACGGACAGCACCCCGAGGCCGCUGUCCAGCCGGAGCCCAUGGCGGGCGCCGGCGUCUCCCGACCCUUCCCCGCAUGGGUCGGGGCCGCGCUGCUGCUGCUCGCAGACUGGGCGCUGCUCCGGCCCGCGCUGCCCGGGAUGUUCUCCCGGCUGAUGCCCGCGGCGGGGCCGCUGCUCCAGAUCUGGGCGGUGGGUCUGAGCCGCUGGGCCACGCUGUGGCUGGGGGUCCACGGGGUGCUCAGGGCGACGGCUCCCCGCGAGGGCGCAGACUCGGCGGCCCGCGGGUGGCUGGUCGCCGCGCAGCCCGUGGCGGCGGCGCUGGGCCUGGCGCUGCCGGGGCUUGCUUCGUUCCGAGAGCUGCGCUCGUGGGGAGCCCUCGGCGGCGCCCGGGCUCUGCACUGGGGCAGUCGCUCAGACGCCUUCCUUCUGGGCUACGCGGCCGCCCUGCCCGCGGUCGCCCUGUGGCACAAGCUGGGGAGUCUGUGGGCGCCCCCGGGAGUUGCCGCGCGCCGGCUUCUCGGCUGCCUGGGCUCAGAGAUCCGCCGCGUCGCGUUGGUCCUGGCCCUGCUGGUCCUCUCCUGUCUUGGGGAGAUGGCCAUUCCAUUCUUCACUGGCCGCCUUACUGACUGGAUUCAACAGGAUAAGACCACCUCUGCCUUCACCCGAAACAUAACUCUUAUGUCCGUGCUCACCAUAGCCAGUGCGGUGCUGGAGUUCGUGGGUGAUGGGAUCUAUAACAGAACCACGGGCCAUGUGCACAGCCACUUGCAGGGAGAGGUCUUUCGAGCUGUCCUGCGCCAGGAGACUGAGUUUUUUGCGCAGAACCAAACAGGUGCCAUCACAUCUCGAGUAACAGAUAAUACGUCCAACGUGUGUGAGUCUCUGAGCGAGAAACUGAGUCUCCUGAUGUGGUACCUGGUGCGAGGGCUGUGUCUCUUGGGGUUCAUGCUCUGGGGGUCACUGUCCCUCACCAUGGUCACCUUGGCCUUCCUGCCUGUGCUUAUCCUUCUGCCUGCGAAGAUGGGAGAACUGUACAAGUCAGUGGAAGUACAGAAGCGGAAAGCUCUGGCAGAGGCAAGCCAAGUAGCCAUUGAGGCCCUAUCAGCUAUGCCUACAGUGCGGAGCUUUGCCAAUGAGGAGGGAGAGGCCCAGAAGUUUAGGAAUAAACUGGAAGAACUGAAGACACUCAGCCAGAAGGAGGCCCUGGGCCUUGUAGCCAACGUCUGGACCACCAGUAUCUCAGGGAUGCUGCUGAAAGUGGGCAUUCUGUACCUCGGCGGGAAGCUGGUGACAAGAGGGGCUCUAAGCAGUGGGAACCUUGUCACAUUUGUUCUCUACCAGAUCCAGUUCACCACAGCUGUGGAGGUACUGCUGAACUACUACCCCGAGGUCCAGAAGGCUGUGGGCUCCUCAGAAGAAGUAUUUGAGUACCUGGACCGAACGCCUCGCUGCCUGCCCAGUGGUUUGUUGUCCCCCUUAAACAUUCAGGGCCUUGUCCAGUUCCAAGAUGUCUCCUUUGCUUAUUCAAGCUGUCCGGACGCCCCAGUACUGCAGGGGCUGACGUUCACCCUGCGUCCUGGGGAGGUGACAGCGCUGGUGGGACCCAAUGGGUCAGGGAAGAGCACCGUGGCUGCCCUGCUGCAGAACCUGUACCAGCCCACCCAGGGGCAGGUGCUGCUGGAUGGAGAGCCCAUCUCCCAGUAUGAGCACCGCUACCUGCACAGACAAGUGGCUGCUGUGGGACAAGAACCACAACUGUUUGGCAGAAGCGUGCGAGAGAAUAUUGCUUAUGGCCUGAUCGAGAAACCACCUCUGGAGGAAAUCAUGGCGGCUGCACUGGAGUCUGGCGCCCAUCAUUUCAUCUGUAGACUCCCUCAGGGUUACGACACAGAGGCAGGUGAGGAUGGAAGCCAGCUGUCGGGAGGGCAGCGUCAGGCAGUGGCCAUGGCCCGAGCACUGAUCCGGAAGCCUUGUGUACUCAUCCUGGAUGAUGCCACCAGUGCUCUGGAUGCUGAUAGCCGGUUACGGGUCCAGCAGCUCCUGUACACAAGCCCUACACGGCACUCUCGCUCGGUGCUUCUCAUCACCCAGCAUCUCAGCUUGGUGGAGCAGGCUGACCACAUCCUCUUUCUGAAAGGAGGUGCCAUCUGUGAGCAGGGCACCCACCAGCAGCUCAUGGAGAAGAGGGGAUUGUACUGGGCCAUGGUGGAGGCUUCUGCAGCUGCUCCAGAGUGAAAGACUUUCUGAACUUGCACCCUACCUUUCCCUCCACUUUCUUCUGCUCUUUGUGAUGGAUUUGGGAGGGAAGGUCUUAGCAGACCUGCAGGGUAGGCAGCUGUGGGGAGGAGGAGUUGCCCAAAUGCAGCUCCUUAGACGGUGCCUAACGUUUGCCACUAGUAUUACUUCCUCUCCAAGUGCUCCUGCUCCCCCUGGUUUCCUGCCGGUACUUGGGCUUGAUCUCAGGGCCAUGAUUUUUUUUUUUCCUCUCAAGGUUAGUGCUAUAUCACUUGAGUCACAGCUCCAGUUUGAUUUUUGUUUUGUUUUGGUUUUUUUGCUUGUUAAUUGGAAGAGUUUCAUGCAUUUUUCUUGCCUAGAAUGAUAUCAAAUUGGGAUCCUCAGAUCUCCAGUCCCAAAGUCACCCACUGGCGUCUUGACACCACAGACUUCCAAGAAAGACAAGCAUAAUUCCAAAUGCCUUUAUGUAACUGGUAGAUGCUUCGGUGAAAAUUUGGAUGAAAUGUUCAGAAUAUACAGAAAGGGAAGACCAGCUACUUUUUAGUAUGACCAAAGGCCUUUGGCAUAUGGCCCCUACAUAGGCUGUAGGUUCUUGAUAUUUAUAAUAAAAAUAGUGUUUUGUUC